AUGGCCCCCCUCAUCACGAACAUCUACACGGCCGACCCUUCAGCCCACGUCUUCGAAGGCAAAAUCUACAUCUACCCCUCCCACGAUCGGGAAACCGAUAUCCAGUUCAACGACAAUGGCGACCAAUACGACAUGGCCGACUACCACGUCUUCUCCACCGAGUCCCUCGACCCCGCCGCCCCUGUAGUCGACCACGGCGUCGUCCUCAAGACAGAAGACAUCCCCUGGGUGUCCAAGCAGCUCUGGGCGCCUGACGCGGCCACCAAGAACGGGAAAUACUACCUCUACUUCCCCGCCCGCGACAAGGAGGGCAUCUUCCGCAUCGGUGUCGCGGUCGGUGACCGCCCCGAGGGCCCCUUCACCCCCGACCCGGAGCCCAUCAAGGGGUCCUACUCCAUCGACCCUGCCACCUUUGUUGACGAUGACGGGGAGGCGUAUCUCUACUUUGGCGGCCUCUGGGGCGGGCAGCUGCAGUGCUACCAGAAGGGGCACGACGUCUUCGACGCCAGCUGGCAGGGGCCCAAGGAGCCGACGGGCGAGGGCGUCCCCUCCCUCGGUGCCCGCGUUGGCAAGCUGACAGAGGACAUGCGCCAGUUCGCCGAGGAGGUCAGGGAUGUGGUCAUCCUCGCCCCCGAGACCGGCGAGCCCAUCCUCGCCGACGACCACGACAGACGCUUCUUUGAGGCGGCGUGGAUGCACAAGUACAACGGGAAGUACUACUUCUCUUACUCCACCGGCGACACCCACUACCUCGCCUAUGGUGUCGGCGACAGCCCGUACGGUCCCUUCACCUAUGGCGGGAGGAUUUUGGAGCCAGUGCUGGGCUGGACCACCCAUCACUCUAUUGUCGAGUUCAAGGGGCGGUGGUGGCUGUUCCACCACGACUGCGAGCUCAGCAAGGGUGUUGACCACUUGCGGUCUGUCAAGGUCAAGGAGAUCUUCUAUGACAAGGAUGGCAAGAUUGUUACCGAGAAACCCGAGUAA